UAAUUUUGUAUCUUAUACUUCCCUGAGUUUUUUUAUAUUCUGGUUAAUCUGCAUGGAAGUUUUUUUUUUUUUAACUCGUUUAACCUCUUUUCCAGGUAUAGGAUGCCAUCAGUUGGAAAUGGUGUUUCUAGGACUAAAGAUGCAUCUGUGGCUAAGUCAUCAUAUCUGUCUGAACCAUACCCUGCUAAAAUACACAAAAGAGAAGUUAGUAAACUUGAAGGAUUAGUAAUACACUCACGUUCAUGCUCUUGUAGACGUCACACACAAGAGAAAGAACAAAAGGCAACCCUUAAAUCAAGAUCUUUAGAUAGUUGGAGAAAAGAGAGACUGAACAAUAUUGAAAGAAAGGAAGGCCCAAACAAUAAAAAAGCAGUAAAACCAACUGACAGACCUCCUCCAAAGAAGCAGCAAACACCCAAUGGAUUGGAUGGUCCACAGUCAAAGAGAAAGAGCAAAAGGGCAAAUGUACUUGCAUCAGACAGCUUCUUCAGCCUCCCAGACCACCGAAAAAGAGUUAAGAAGUCCACAACCAAAAUGAAUGGUCAGACACACCUUAAAUCCCCACUAAGAGUAAAAGAAGUCAAUAGUACAGAACCAAUACCCACAAUUGACAUUGUAACUGAAGAACACCAAGAGGAGUCUAUGAUAUAUGUGGAAAGUUUUGAUGAAGACCUUGGCAAUAAAAUUGAAAAAGAAGAUGUUGUAGAGCAAAUGGAUUUAGAGUAUCCAAAUAACAAAAGGGAGCCCAAGGACCAUUCCACUAGAGUAGACGUCACUUCUGUGGCCUCCUUAACAGUGUGUGAGCCACAACGAUCAGCCACACCCAGACUUUUGAAGGUUUCUUCUGAUCAACAAAAUGAUAUUUCCGCCUCAUCUGCAAUUUUCAAAAAGCUGGACACUGAUUGCGAUGGACACAUAUCUUUUAAUGAACUAAAGAAAAGCCUUCCACCUCAUGU